AUGGCAAAUUCCUCCCUGACUUUUAAGGGAACGGUGUGUUUGUUUCCUUUGCUCCUGUUUCUGUGCUUCUGCCCGGUAAGGAUGUUGAAUAGCAAGAACAUAGGAAACUGGUCCAUCUAGCUCAGUACUGUCGGGCUGACAUGGUCGCCUCAAUAUGUUGUUGGACUCACCAGCUACAGUCAUAGAAUGGUGGAAAAAAAUGAGAGGCACAAAUACAAGAUGGGUGACACCUGGCUUGAGAGCAGUACAUGUGAAAAGGAUCUAGGAGUCUUGGUUGACCACAAACUUGACAUGAGUCAACAGUGUGACGCGGCAGCUAAAAAGCCAAUGCAAUUCUGGGCUGCAUCAAUAGGAGUAUAGCAUCUAGAUCAAGGGAAGUAAUAGUGCCACUGUAUUCUGCUCUGGUCAGACCUCACCUGGAGUACUGUGUCCAGUUCUGGGCACCACAGUUCAAGAAGGACACUGACAAACUGGAACGUGUCCAGAGGAGGGCAACCAAAAUGGUCAAAGGCCUGGAAACGAUGCCUUAUGAGGAACGGCUAAGGGAGCUGGGCAUGUUUAGCCUGGAGAAGAGGAGGUUAAGGGGUGAUAUGAUAGCCAUGUUCAAAUAUAUAAAAGGAUGUCACAUAGAGGAGGGAGAAAGGUUGUUUUCUGCUGCUCCAGAGAAGUGGACACGGAGCAAUGGAUCCAAACUACAAGAAAGAAGAUUCCACCUAAACAUUAGGAAGAACUUCCUGACAGUAAGAGCUGUUUGACAGUGGAAUUUGCUGCCAAGGAGUGUGGUGGAGUCUCCUUCUUUGGAGGUCUUUAAGCAGAGGCUUGACAACCAUAUGUCAGGAGUGCUCUGAUGGUGUUUCCUGCUUGGCAGGGGGUUGGACUCGAUGGCCCUUGUGGUCUCUUCCAACUCUAUGAUUCUAUGAUUCUAUGAUUCUAUGAUUCUAUGAGUUGGAAAGGACCACAAGGGUCAUCCAGUUCAACCACCUGAAAUUCAGAAAUCUUUUGCCCAUUGUGGGACUUGAACUCACAACCCUGAGAUUAAGAGUCUCAUGCUCUACCAACUGAUCUAUCCAAGUCUGUCAUGUAGACUAUUAUGGUACAUUUUUAGAAUUCUGAAUUACAGCAUAAGCCUGAAGACACUAAUAGUAAACUUCAUUAUCUGGCCGAUUCUGUAUUCGAUGCAUAUUCGUUUUGUAAAAGCAAGCCAAAGUUUCAUGUAAUAAAUAUAAAUGCAAAUAUCAUCCAAUGUGAUGCAAAUGUAGCUUUUAAAAAGAGAACAUUCUAUUUUCCCAUUUUCAUGCACUUGCUUUUGCAGUAUGGCUUCAUCAACACAUGCCUGAAGUCUUUGGUGGUUGAAAAAUAUGGUGAAGAAGUAUGGGAGAAAUUAAGGUAAUUUAUACCUGGAGGAAUUAUUCAUAGACUUUCUGUUUUGUUCCCUCUGUGAUUUCAUAUAAUAAUAAUAAUAAUAAUAAUAAUAAUAAUAAUAAUAAUAAUUCAGAAACACCUUUUGAAAUCUUAGGAAGUUUCCUGCAAGGUACAAGUUGACAAGUGCUUCUCUGUAUGCACACCAACACACCAUAGUCUUAGACAUCAGGCCAGUGAAUAACAGGAGCACAUGGAGUUUGUCCUACUGAGGUGGAUCAUUUGGUCUGUCUGUCGAUCCCAGUAUUGUCAACCCCAACCUUUGCCAACCCUACUGCACGCCAGAUGUUUUGGGCUACAACUCUCAUCAGUCUCAGCUAGUGUGGCCAUGCUGAUGGGAGUUGUAGAUCUAAUCAUCUAGAGAGGGCACCAUGUUUGCAAAGGCUAGUACACUCUGCUACCAGAAUUCAGAGCCCUGGGAUUGGGGCAGGUGGAGGGAAUUGAUACUGUGGCAGCAUUUUGCAAAGACACAACAUUACUCAGUCAGGAAAGGAAUAUUGUUACAUGUAACCCCAAUCUCUGGGCGAUGUGAGAUUCUAAGGGUCCCAGGUGCUUACUGAGGGUUCGUGCUUUCUUCGGAAUGAGGGACACUGCGGUGUCUUCAUGAUAUAUGGUUUAUUUACACAUAUAUACAACCUGAGCCCACAAUGGAGAGAUUCACAGCAAUUAACACCCCCAAGAGGCUUUUGCUUUCCCCAAAAGCCACAGCCUUGGAUUCCAGCAGAAAUCAAGCGCCUCUUUCUCUCUCUCAGGCUUCCACCUGCUUCAGUUUCUCAGCUCUUGCCUUUGUCUUUCUCGUCAGUUGAGGGAGGGGGCCCACCCAUUUGUUCUCUGGCACCAAGCCACUUCCUUUGUUCGCUUAAUGGCUCUUCACCUCACCAGGAAGCUAGCUUGGCUAUUCCAGGAACUAGAAGAGAGCCAAGGCAACCUAACCCCCACAACUCAUAGCAAUAUGUAUGGCUUUCAGAGCAGAGAGACUGAAUGCAGGGACUACCCAUUAGAUUAAAUCUAUAGAAUUGUAGAACCCCCAAAGGAAAGUAAAAGCACAUGCAUGCCUAACAUCUGGAAGCACAAGACUCUCACCAUGACUCAGCAUUUGUCCAUUUCCCCCCCACACCACCCAGAAGAAAAUGCCUUUAGCCAAAGAAUAUUUACGUGAAAGCAGAAGGAAUACCAUAUUGCAGGAGAAUGAUUUCCCUGCUCUGAGGAUAACCUGAAACAAUUACUGAAACAAAGGCAAGAGAUUGCCUCAUCACAUAAUGCUACUCUCCUCUAAUUGCUUUAUUUGUUAUGCAAAAUGAUAUAGAAUGGCAUGUGGUUGGGUGAACAUUUUUGUGACAGAGCAGCGGCUGAAAACUCAUCAUACUGGAAUGAAGCCACAUCAAAUUUUGAAAGUAUUACAGCAGGCAUCCUUAGGAAGUGUUAUUAACUCUAACUGAAAGCAUUAUAUUCUCCCUCCCUCCCUCUGGACAUAUUCUCUUGACUGCUAUGGGUUUAUUCAUGGUUCACAUUUUAGGAGCAUAGGAAUCUGCCUUAUACUGAGCCACUCCACCAGCCCAUCAAGUUCAGCAUUAUCUAUGGGUGUGCUGAGACCUGGGGAUUAUUGCAUUAGUUUCCUUGGUUAUAAUGCUAGUGCAUCUCUCCUGGUUCCCUGGUUUCUAACAUUCCUUUUACAUUGCAUUACCUGUUGUGGUAUGGAACUGUGGCUUUCUGUUAGAUAUACUGAGGUCCAGCUCCGAGGGCCUUCUGGCUGUUCCCUCACUGCGAGAAGUGAGAUUACAGGGAACCAGGCAGAGGGCCUUCUUUGUAGUGGCACCUGCCCUGUGAAACAUCCUCUCAUCAGAUGUCAAGGAAAUAAACAACUAUCUGACUUUUAGAAGACAUCUGAAGGCAGCCCUGUUUAGGGAAGUUUUUAAUGUUUGAUGUUUUAUUGUGUUUUUAAUAUACUGUUGGGAGCCACCCAGAGUGGCUGGGGGAAACCAGCCAGAUGGGCGACGUAUAAAUAAUAAAAUUAUUGUUAUUAUUAUUGUACACCUAUCCCACAGUAAUCCCGCCAACCUAGCAGUUCGAAAGCAUGAAUUGCAAGUAGAUAAAUAGGUUCUGCUCUGGUGGGAAGGUAAACGGUGUUUCCGUGCACUGCUCUGGUUCCCCAGAAGCGGCUUAGUCAUGCUGGCCACAUGACCCGGAAGCUGUACGCCGGCUCCCUUGGCCAAUAAAGCGAGAUGAGCGCCGCAACCCCAGAGCCCUCCGCGACUAAUGGUCAGGGGUCCCUUUACCUUUACCUAUCCCACAGUAAAUUGCAUUUGUACCAGGGACCAUGGCAUGACACAACAGCAGAUGUCAUAGGACAUGUCACUACCCUUUAUGCGCAUGUGUGCUUCUGUUCCCCUAUGAUUACCUCAUGAAAAUGGCGGGAAAGAACUAUACUAGGGCAGAAUGUCUCAUUUCACUGCUUGAAGCAAAACAGGAAGUGCUGCUAUUAUCCUGGUAUUGCUGCCACAUGCCUUCUACUGAUGCUGUCAACUGUUCUGCUGACACCGCACACCUUUUCACAUCUGCUGUGGGCAGAGAAGCUGCACAGUCAUCAGGGCCAAUUUUGGGUGAGAUCUCAACCAAAUGGAUGCAAUUGUGCCCAAAAUUGGCAUUGGUGGCGGGGGCACUUCUCUGCCGAUGGUAGAGGUGGUGGGCAGGUGGGACACCCAUGAGUGUGCUGCGGGGGGCUUCGGCCCCAGUGGCCUCAGCCUCUUUAAUGAUUGGGCCGGCUCUGGGACUAUAUGCCAGAAUACUGCCCAAAAUUUCAUCACAUGGUUUGAUCCUAAGAGGGGUCAGUAGUAGCAGGCCAGCUGACUGAAUGAGAGACUGAGCCCUAAAAAUGUUAUUAAAAUGCCAGCCAAUAUUUAUUUCUAUUACAGAGUCCAAACUGGAGUACAGGAUACCUUUUUGACUUUUGAAGUUUACAGAGAUGAAAUCACAAUGCAGCUGAUUGAUAAGGCAUGCAAAAUGCUAGGUACGUAUGGCUUGGAAAGUAUUGCAGCCCUGUCUGCCCCACUCCACCAGCAGACCCUCCAAGUGUCCUUAUUUUCCAGGGGUGUCCCUGAUUGAGAGAAGCCAUCCUGGUUUCUGAUUUGAUCCCACUUUUCCUUAGGAUGUCCCUAUUUUCAUUGCAGAAAUGUUGGACUUAUCCGACCCCCGAGCCGUCUGAAGGAGGCAAUCCUGUAUAGGGAAUUUUUUUAAAAAAUGUUUCAUGUUUUCUUAUGCUUUUCUAUAUGUUGGAAGCUGCCCAGAGUGGCUGGGGCAACCCAGUAAGAUGUGUGGGGUAUAUACAAUAACAUUAUGGAAUGGGAUGUCCUUAUUUUCAUUGGAGAAAUGUUGGAGGGUCUGCAUCAGCCACCGCUGCAUGUAAAGCACUUGUAAAGCAGCACAUGGCUUUCCCCAAGGAAUCCUGGGAACUGUAGUUGGUUAAGGGUGCUGGGAAUUGUAGCCCAAGAAUUACAGUUCUUGGGGGUCUUUCAGGAAAGUCAUGUGCUUUAAAUGUGUGCUGCAUACACAGCCCGAGUUAAACUGGGUUCUUGAUCCUAAAACAUUAAUUAAUAAACAAUUAUUUUCCCAGAUGUUCCCCCCGAUAUGGUCCUGAAGCAGUUUGGAGAAUAUUUCUUUGAAUUCUGCAAGCGGUCAGGUUAUGACCAUAUGCUGCGGACUCUGGGAGGGAACCUCUAUGAAUUUAUAGAGAAUCUGGAUGCAUUGCACAGCUACCUAAGUCUGUCUUACCAAGUAAGUGGAAAUAACUUUUGUGGUUCUACAUACACAGCACAUGUUCACAGCAGCAUAAUGUGAGAUAUGUCUAUGAUUAUUAUACAUGCUCUCACUGAUUAGUUACUUUGGGUGUAUUGACCUUGGACUUGAAAUAUUUAGCUGCUGUUUGAUUGCCUUUCUCAUUGCAUAUGGAGCAGAGAUGCUUGAGUCCAGUCAGGGUUUUUUUUUGGGGGGGGGGGGGGGAAGAAUCCAGAGGGAUGUAACAUUAACUCAUGGAAUGCCCCCUACCUCUUAGAACUUUGGAAUACAACUUGUUUUUCUAUAUUUGUUAAAUAGUGAGCUUAAUUUCAGCCAUACCUUGAUUGUAAUUUGGUAGAACCACCACCACAGCCCAGAUCAUGUGCACAAUUUGGUGCCCAGGAAGGUUGCCCAUUUGCUUCAGGGCAAUAUUGAAAAAUGAGCUGAAAUAUGAGAUGCGUGAUUAUUAAGAACUCUGGUUGUUUUUCAGGAAAUGAACGCUCCUUCAUUUAGGGUGGAAAAGAAUGAAGAUGGGUCGAUGCAUUUGCAUUAUUACUCAGACAGGCGAGGCUUGUGCCAUAUUGUUCCAGGUAUGUAGUUUCCUCUGGAAUGGAUUUUGAAAGGUGGAAUAGUCAGCUAUUGGAUUAAUGUCUUCUGAAUGUCCUGCACACUGUGUUUUUCUCUUUACAGACCUCUUCCAAACCCUCCAUUUGCUAUAAACUAGCAAUUGUCCCAGUGGUGUGAUGUCGUGCUGAUUCCUGCCAUCAUUCUUAUUAUAUAUAUAUUUUAGAGAAUAAUAGCUUUGUAACAAAGACUGGCCCUCUAUGCACUGACUGAAAAACAAACAAACAAACAGGAAGAAGGACUUAGUUAAAAUGUCAUAAAUUUACGGUUGCCAUAUUUCAAGAUUUAAAAUUCACCCCAAAGAGGCAAAGAGUGAUACUCAAGUACACACUUUCUGGUUCUGCGGGCAAAAACCUGGACAUUUUGUCAAUUUUUCAAAAUUCCACAUGGAUGCUACUAUCACCGUUUGAAUCCCAGACAUAUCUGGGAAAUUCCUGACAUAUGACAACCCUAAUAAAUUGCUAUGGUGAUUCAGAUGUUUAAUUUGAAAUCAAUCCGGAUUUGAGUUUCUUGGUGUCUCCGGUUACCUUUCUUUUACAUCAUGGCUGUUGGCUGGUAUAAUGGAUGUAUGAUCUGUAUUUUCUUAUUGGUACUGUUGCCGUGGGUUUUCAUGGCCUUUGGCUAGAACAAUAAACUUACAUUGUUGUAUCGUCUAUUGGGCUGCCAUCGAAGACUUCUUGGAUACUAUAAUUUGUCCGAAUACAGCAGCUAGGCUGGUUGGUAUGGAUUGUGCUAUCAGAGUUUGUAUAACAACUGUUCUGGCAUAAUCCUGAAAUGAAGCAAGGUGUGUCGGAGGCAUUUUGGGCUUGUCUGAAAUGAAGCAGGAUCUCUACAAGAUGGCAUGUGUUGAAGCAGGAACCCCUGACGUGUUUCAUGGCACAUGGAUGAUCCAGACAUGGGGGGGGAAAUGCUGCAAACAAGUGUCUGCUAAAAGCAAAAGCAAUGUCUCUAAACUUAGUAUUAGUUUAGGGUGGGGUGAUGGAGGAAAGGAAAGAAAAAGGCAGAGUAGGGAGUAGGUGCAGAGGAAGAUUUUUGCUCUCACUGACAAAUCUAGUUAGCAAUCAGAGGGAUUUUUAAAAAUUUAUCUAGAAAGUAAAUCCCUUCCCCCCCCCUUCCCACUCCAGAAACACUUUAAAAGUAUGUAGCACCUGAACCCCUGGACCCAUUUACUUGUAAUUUAGCGGAUUUUAUCCAAUCUUUAUGGGCUACAAUACCUGCAAAUUUCAUGCACUUCUGUUAACAGAGGGAGAAAGUUAUAGCCAUUCAACAAAUUCCCAAUUUGUGAAUGGAUGGAGGCAAGAGAAUGAAUCAGACUCAAACCCCCAAGCAUCAAACCGGCGUCUAGAACAAAUCACUGCAUAUCCCCAAUAACACCUAGUUUUUUUCUUUUGCUUCAGGAAUCAUUGGUGCAGCAGCUUUGGAUUUUUUCAACAUUGAAAUUUCCAUGGAAAUAGUCAAUCAGUCAGAAGAAGAAGAAAGAACAGGGAAAAAGGAACACAUUGUAUUUCUUGUGACACAAAAACCUGUAUUUUCAUACAGAAGGCGAAAUAAGUUCUCUUCCUGUUCGCCGUUCCGUUCAAGUUCCGGAACACUGGUGGAAAAACAGCUGAAUAAAGAGGUACUGUGAUAUUCAUUUUUGUAUGGAGUCAUGUAUGUAUUGACAGGAAGACCUAUAUAUAAAAUAUAUAGCAUCAAAGCAGUUUUAAAGUAAUAGGUUGUCGUCUUCUUCUACAUCAUCAUCAUCAUCAUCACCAUUGAAAUUACUAUUACUAUUAGUAUUGCUACUAUUAUUAUUGUUGAAAAAAGAAAACAGGUAUCAAUAUAAGACACUUCAUUUUCAGAAUCCAGGCAUAUGCUCAAAACUCUGGAUAUUUGCCUCCAAAGAGUUUGAAACAGUGAAGGAUACUGGAAGAUAUCCCAAGCGCAUUCCAAUUCAAGAAUAGGAAGAAAUUUAAGUUGCUUGUGCCUUCCAUUAUUACAUUAAUUAUUUUGCUGAUGCAAAAACCUUGGUACACGUCUCACUUUAAAUUUUUUAACAGUUUGGCAAUUGCUUUGGGUUCAUUCCACAGGAUACUGAAAGAGCCAUGAACAAGAACAGGGAUAAAGCCAGCCCCCCUUCGACAUGCCCUGUCAAGAAAAGUCACUGGGAAACAAUUAAAGGAAUUGUGACAAUAGGAAAAGGUAAAAGUGUAACUUUCAAAAAAGCAUUUGGCAUCAUUCAUUAAUGCUUUCAGUAUGGCAUUUAAAACCCAGCCUUUUUCAUUAAAUAUUAUUAAUUUCUAUCCCAUCUUUCCUCCAAGGAGGUCAAGGUGGGGGACCUUCUUCAUUUUACCCUGAUAACAAUCUUGUGAGGUGGGUUAGGCUGAGAGAUGAUGAAUGAGCUCCAUGUCUGUGUUGGGAUUUGAACUCUGUUCUCCAAGGUCCUAGCCCAACACCAUGCCCAACACACUACACCAUGGUGGCAUCCCAGUAAAAACGACCACGUUGUAUUAAGGAAAAACACAAUAUAAUGGUUGUGUUUACAUGUCAUAAAUUUUUAUUCUUGAAAACCCUUUCCAGGUUCUAAUUUAUAGUGGAAACCUCUUUAGCCUGUUCUUCCAAUCAUAUUAUAUUCAUAUACAUGGAAAAUCCCCAUGUGCAUUAUUCUGGAGUUCUUGGAGGAAGACGGAGGGAAAUGAAUGAAUAUUUAUUUAUGAAUGAGAAUUAAAUUAUCUUGCAGAAUCAUGCUACUUGAAUAAUGGUACUGAUUCUAUCAGGGAAUUAGGAUAGGAUUGAAAUUACCCCUCCCCCAUAUUGCAGGACGACUUCUGAAAGGAUUUGAUCCUGUCUAUCCUAAGACCCUCUGCAUAGAUCCGAAGACAUUUUGCAAUGGGCUUCCUUUCCACAUUGUAUUUGAUGAAGAGGUGAGUCAAACUAAUGAUAACUCGUUUCCCUACAUAUGUGAACCAAACGUAGCCAUUCUAUAACACAAUCUUCUGCAUAGCAACUCAAAAGAAAAUCACAGUGAGUUCAGUGGGACUCGUUCCAAGACAAGUAGGCAUAGGAUUACAGAUUCAAUCACCUAAUGUAAUAAAUUGUUUACUGCUACUGCCUACUGUUGACCUAGAAGCUUGUUCGCAUGAUAAGUUAACCUGAGACAUUCUGUUUCAUAAUAUAUUAAUACCGGGAUUAAUAACUACCCUUCCAGUAGUUAGCUGCUGAAAAUUGCCCAGACGGCAAUCGAGCAUUGUCUUAUAGCCUACUUUUCACCAUUAUUCCAGCAUGGUCCCAGUAAUACUGUUACGUGAGACAAUGCUAAAUCCACUCCAGCCAUUAAGUAGAGAGGCAUGGGAUGGGGGCUGUGAGGAUCAGUGUGCUGCCUCUGCCCCCUGUUACUCUUCUGAUGGUGUUCCAUCAAUGGUAGGCCAAUCUUCUAAAGCAGGAAGCCUUCUGUCCCUUCCCUGCAUGCAUUCAGGGUUCUAAAAUGUACAGCAAAGCUUUCAUGCGUACAAGAGACCCCUCACAUCAGAAGAUCACUCUCCAACUCAUGGAGGAUGGUCAGAGCAGCAGCAAGGGGUUGAAAAUAGGGGACUUCCCUCUCAUGUUUACUUACCUUUGGGAUGUGGGACCUUUGGCCCUCCAGAUGUUGUUGGACUCCAAUUCCUACCAGCUCCAGCAAGCCUGGCCAAUGAUCAUCCCUAACCUUGCCAGUGCCCUAUCAACCUAGUGAUAAUGCUACCAGGUGGUUGGCUCUGUGGUGCUACCAUUCCAUGCUGGCUGCUCUCGUUCUUACUCCAGAGGUAGGAUUGCAAGACAAUUCUGAAGGGUGCUGAUGCUAAAGAGUUGUGAUUCUAUCUUUUAAGCUUAGAGUGAAGCAAGCCGGAGUCAGCAUUCAAAAGAUCGUGCCAGGCCUUCAGACACUGGGCAUUCGCCUCAACCAAUAUUUCAGUAUCGUACGUCCUGAAGUGAAAUUCACCAUCUCCAGUGUCCAGAAAUUUAUCAACAGCCAGUUUGUUUUCCGGACCAAGAGGGAGAUGAUGCCAGAAUCUUGGAAGCAGCGUCCUAUGUUAGAACUGAGAGGUAACUCAUUGUCUCCAUAAAUAUCAGGGACAGGCAUGAUUAAGGUGACUAGAUGAAGAGCUGGCUGCAGGGCUGGCCAACCCUUGAAGGAUGGUAAGGCAGUUGCUUCAGGCAGCAGGCUCUGAAAAGCAGCAGAUCCAGGUUCUGAGGAGUGGGACACCCACUCCCCACCCACUGUUACUCCCCACUGCCUGUCACUUGGACAGUAGCAAAUAUGGGAGCACCCUCCCCCCAAAUCUAUUCCCUAACCCCCCCCCCCCCGAAUUCUGAAAUUGUGUCUUCCUUGUAAUAAUUGAGACAACUUUUUAUAUGUUCUGGGUGCUAGGAUUCUUUUCCCGUGUUGCAGUCAUGGGAUUGGUUUUAUCACGUGUUUUCAUUCCACAUUGUGGGAAGUGGUGGAGACAGGAUGUUUCUACUACUGUGUUUCCAUGAUGUAGGACAUUUGUCCUUUGUUCUCUCUUUGCUGUAUGAUGCUAAAGAGGAAGGAGCUGAGUUAUGAUGCUCCAGAUGUAUAUAUACAAAUAAACAUAGUUUCGCCAUAAAGCUGCACUACUGAGUCUGAAUGCUGACUGCCUAUACUCUGCUGAUCCUGAAGUGUGCUGAUGCCUCCGAGGUAUCAGUCGCUGUGAUGUUCGAACUGGAGAAAGAUUUUGAAUCUCCCGAUCGACCAGGGGGGAGAGAACAUGCCAGUUGGGCAUGUGUCUCUGCUAGACUCCUACUCGUGUGUAGGACCUCCUGACACUGGGUGGAAUAGAAGUCUAGUGAAGGGUUGGAAGUUUAACAAUGCAGAUAUAAUCUGGAGGGAAAGAACAGCAACCAAAAACUUAAAUAACUAGAAUGAAUGGCAUGCAGGAAACGUACCUGUGAUUCUGUAUAUUUUUUUAAUCAGGUCAGAUGAUUUGGAUGGAGUCUGUCCAGUGCAUGCUGUACCUUUGCUCCCCUCUCCUGCGCACGCUGCAUGAGCUGGAAGAGAGGCACAUGCACAUCGCUGACAUUGCCCCUCACGAUGUCACCAGGGAUUUGAUCCUUCUGAACCAGCAGCGGCUGGCUGAGAUGGAGCUGUCCAAUCAGCUUGAGAGGAAGAAAGAGGAGCUGCGGAUUCUGUCAAAGCAUCUCGAGGAGGAGAAGAAAAAGACGGAAGCCCUUCUCUACGCCAUGCUCCCAAAGCAUGUGGCCAACCAGCUCAAAGAAGGGAAACGAGUCGAGGCAGGUGAAUGAGCGUGAGGCAGAUAAAACAUUUGGGGCCAAUGUGCAGGUGCUUAAGUUGUAAGGAAGACCAAAACGAGGAACUUCAGAGAAAAAUUGGUCCAGGCUCCCUUCCCCCCUUACUCUAAUGUUGCCAUUAACCAUUCAUUUUAACACCAAGGGUUGGAAACUUGGGGUCCUUCACAAAUUUGUUGAACUUCAGCUCCAGUCUCCCACCCAGUCAGUAUGGCUAAUAGUCAGGGAAGAAGGUAGUUCAUCGGUGUUCCCCAGAGCACCUCCAUUGUUUAGAGGGCACAUACUUCUAAAUAUCAGAUGCUGGGGAGAAAGAACAAGGGAGGGCUGUUCUCACCAGGUCUUGCUUUGGAAGCUUGUAGGAAGUAUCUGGUUCUCUACUGUGAAACUGAAUGCUGGACUAGACGAACUUUUGAUAUGAUCUAGCAAUGCUCUUCUUGUUUUUAUAUGGAUGGAGAGUUAAGCAUGUGCUUAACUCUUGUAACAAAAGGGACUGAACCACUCUUGGCCUAGAUCAGGGUGGAGAAUCCGUGACUCUCCAAGUUCUGUUGGACUACAACUCUCAACAUCCCAAACCAAUGGCCAUGCUGGCUGGGGCUAAUGUGAGAGGUGCAGUUCAACAACUUUUGGAGGGCCAGAGUUUCCCCAUCCUCAGGCUAUAUCAUGCAUGUAUAUAUGUAUGCAUAUAUAAUUUUAUAGCUGGCUGUUAGGAUCUUUUGCUGUGCAGUUGCGUGAAUUUUAGCUAUGUAACUGCCAAGGGCCUUCUGGUGGUUCCCUCACUGCGAAAGCCAAGUUACAGGGAACCAGGCAGAGGGCCUUCUCGGUAGUGGCACCUGCCCUGUGGAACACCCUCCUACCAGAUGUCAAAGAGAACAACAACUACCAGACUUUUAGAAGACAUCUGAAGGCAGCCCUGUUUAGGGAAGCUUUUAAUGUUUGAUGCAUUACUGUAUUUUAAUAUUUUGUUGGAAGCUGCCCAGAGUGGCUGGGGAAGCCCAGCGGGGUAUAAAUAAAAAAAUAUUAUUAUUACAUUAUUAUUACAUUUUUUAAAUUACUAGAUAUCUACUAGAUUUUUUAAUAUCUAGAUAUCUAGGAAUGAAUGAAUAACUUGAAUAUAGGUACAAGUCUUGACCACGUUUAUUCACUAAACUAUCCCUAACCUUUGUCCUUUUGGGCUUACAGGAGAGUUUAAAGAGUGCACCAUAUUAUUCAGCGAUGUUGUAACUUUCACCAACAUUUGUGCCCAGUGCGAACCUAUUCAGAUUGUCCUCCUGCUAAAUGCGAUGUAUCUGCGAUUUGACAGGCUGACCACAGUGCAUGAUGUCUACAAGGUCAGUGACAAAUGUUCAGCCACAAUUUCAUGAAAGUGAUGUUAGUGGGAAGGAGGGAAAAGAUUUCAAGGACCAUUUCUCUCUCCUCUCCCCCCCCCCUUGACGCCUUGUAAUUCCCUGCUCUCUUUGGCUCCACCUUCUCAGCAGCCCCUAUAAAAGAAAGGAGAAAAGAGAUGGGUAAAAUUCUCCUGUUUUAUUCCCGAUACCUGGGCUCUGAUCCCCCCCAUUCCCUUUGCCUUGCUCUGCCUGAAUCCUGUCUAAAGUGUGUGUAUCUUCUCCGUCUGCUUACCCUUAAUGUGGGGGUGGGGGUGGAAAUGUCUUUGUGAUGACAAUGUGAGCAAGGCUCUCCCAUGCCCACUGCAGCCUGUUGAAAGACACCAGGUGGGCCUGAGGGAGUGGGAUGCAAGUAGCAGCAGCAAAAUGCACAAAGGAAGUUGAGGAGGAAGUGUGCUGACUAGCACACAGCAGCAAGGGAGAGAUAAAAAGCAGAGGUGACCUCUGGCCCCAUGAAGUUGUUUGGAAGGAAUAUGAAUUGAGAGUGGGAGAAUAGGAAAAUGGGGUGCGGGGAGGAGUGGUAGAGAUAAAGCAGAAGGUCAGGGUGAGACAGCUGUGAGAGAAACAUCUGUGAAAGAAAGGGAUAGCUUGGGGGGGGGAGGGCAGUAAAUCUGAGGUUACAAACUCCGUGGCAAGCCUGAGAUGCCAGAGAGAAUUUAUGAGGACUGCAUAUAACAGACAGGAUCCUGUGCUGAGAAGCUACUAGGGAAAACCUGGAGUAAGGAACCAUUUUUGGACUCUGAGGUCAACCUGUGUGUUGUUAUAGGGAGCAAGAAUCCUGACUGUUUUCCUCUGAGGCCCUGGUCCAUUCUAUGGCCUCUGUGCACUGGCUUAUCAGUAGCUGUAUCAGAAUAGAGGGUGGCCGUGAUUUUAAAAAAACGCCGCGCAAAAUCACAAACAGAAUGCAUUGUAAUACUUUAGUUUCUUGAAGAACAAAAAAAGUUUGCAUUAUUGUUCAAAACAGCAAUGUUACGUGUUAAAAUAAUUUGAAUAUCAAAAAUGUGAGAAUUCCAUGCUAACGAUAUUUCACACUAACCCUCUCUCCCCGAAACCAGAUCUUAAAAUAAUUAGGCAAGUCCUAACUAAUAUCACAAUUCAUUCAUUGAUUUAUAAAAGUAUUUAUAGUGUUAACACGCCACCCCAAUCUCUGAGCGGUGUGAGGUUCCAGGGGUUCCAGGCACUUACCCUGGAAUAAUAAUAAGCUCAGGCAGAGACUAUUGGCAUGGCAGGGUUUGUCCGCUUCUUUUUUUAAAGGUGGAAACCAUAGGAGAUGCCUACAUGGUAGUAGGGGGUGUUCCUGUGCCUGUAUCCACACAUGCUGAACGGGUUGCCAACUUUGCGCUGGGAAUGAUCAUAGCUGCAAAAGACAUAAAGAAUCCAGUGUCUGGGAAUCCUAUUCAAGUGAGUAGCUAAUAGACACGUGCACAUUAUCUGCUUACUAUUUGCAAAUGGAGAUGACGCAAUGUAGGGCCAUAAUGAUCAGCAAUCUCAGACUUGAUUUGUGCAUCAUGUGCAGUAAAUUGUAGGCUUCUAGGCUGUCAUAAUAAAAAAAAGCCAGUAUGUAAAAGAUCCCGUUGGUUGGCUUGACAAGUUUGCUGGGAUGACUAAAGACCAACGUCCCAAAGGCCAUCAGUUCUUGUCAAUUGCAAGAUAUUUAAUGUGCACACAGAGCUCUGAACCCUGCAAGGGUACCAUAAUUCAGUUCAAGGGAACAGGAAGCUUUGCUCAUGCAAAGGGAUGAGUGUGUGGAGCUGGCUUGUGCAUUAACACAACAGGGAUCCCUGAUCAUGCAGGAGGGCUAGUCUCUGCACACAGAUUUGGACUGGGGGAUAUAUGGCUAAAGGUUCUGUUUUUAUAUGUGAGAUACAAGGGCUAGAAGGACAGGAGACCAUGAGCACACACAAAUGUCUCUGCAGGAUUGGUCUUGAGGCCUGAGAUUCCCCCAUUCCAGUUAUAGAAGUUCCCAUUUUGUGUACUCAAUAACUCCAUUUUCUUUUAAAGGGUUGGGGAUGUUGAGCAAGACCUUCCUGGUAGAUUGUGUCCUCCUGUGUCAGCUGUAGUAAUGUCCUUGCAAGCGUGAUCGAGAGAAUUGCACUUAUUUUCAGACCUUUGAAUUCAGGGCUAGAGCUUCAGUUUCUGUCUCUCAGAAAGAACAGCCUGAUAGAUUUGCUUCCCACUGUGCACCACAAUGCUUAUGAACAGUAUCAAUUUUUAUGAAGAAUUACUAUGGCCUGGGUUCAACAGUGCUUACAAGCCAUUUUGGCAUGUAAGCAGUAUAUAACUUUAUUAUUAUUAUUAUUAUUAUUUUAUUAUUAAACAGAGUUCAUCAUAGGGAACUGUGGAUUAUGGCUUGUGACUGUUUAGUUUGUGUUUAGAACUUAUGGAUAGAUUGUGCUUGAAACGAAACUUGUUGUGGAAGUGAUCUUUUCCCCCAAAAACUCUUGCUCAGAUCAGAGUUGGGAUCCACACAGGGCCGGUCCUUGCUGGAGUUGUUGGAGAAAAAAUGCCACGUUAUUGCUUGUUUGGAGACACAGUGAAUAUAGCAUCCCGGAUGGAGAGCCAUGGGGUACCAAGCAAAAUUCACCUGAGUGCCAGCGUUCAUCAGUGAGUAAGCUCUGAGACAAUCCAUUAAUAGUGCUUUGCACUGAACUCUUGACUUGGCAUAGGGCUGUUAAUGGCUACUAUUCCUAAGGAAUAGAUUGCCUCCUGUAUCAAAGGCAAUAUGUCUCUGAAUAUCAGCUGCUGGGGAGCACCCACACCCACCCACCCUUGUGAUAGGAUAGUGUCUGCUUUCUUAUUGGAGCUACUUUAAAAGUAUUUAGAUUUGUUCCCAAAUUAGUGGAGUUAAUUACCAAAUGUUCCCUUCCUACAAAAAUACAUGUCAUUUACGUUUUGGCUGUUGAGCUCUACUUUACUGGGGAAUGGUGAUUUUUGUGGUUGUGGUUUUGAAAAUACAAGAUAGAUGAUGGCACGAUUUAGAGCACAGAAGUUCCUAAAAUGGUUUGUUCACAGAUGAUGGUGACCUAGCUAUAUCAACAUCAUCCAAAAAGAAUCCUUAGAUUCUGGGUGUAGAUUCAACCUUCCACACUCAAGAUUCCCCUAGGGUUAACGUGAGAUCCUUGUUUUGCUGAAAAUUGCAGUGGGAUCAUUUUUAGUGCAGCAGUUUGGGUGGUGACAUGGAAUGUCUUGUUUGUCUGCCCUGGCUGAGAUGUACUUUAAAUGCAUGUUACAAGAGAACAAUGUGGAGAAAGGCAUUAAUGUAGACAAGAAGCCUUAUAAGAAUCCUUGCUUCUGUGAAGGGAUGAAUUACUGCAAUAAAAUGCAUGUUUCCACCUGCGUUUUCUGCAUUUUAAAGAAAAUAGCCAUUGACUUUAAUUAAUUCUGAAUGAGUGGGGGUUUUUUUUAGUUUCUAGUAUUUAUUUAUAGCAUCCUACCUGAAUGGGCCCACCAAUUUGCACUGAACACUGGGACAUAAGCGUCAUUGUAUAAGAACAGUGAUAUUGCUAAGUGCUGACAAAAGGGCAGGCACAGUUCAUGCCAUUCAGGACACUGUCAUAACACCACUAAUAUUUCAGGCAGGUGCACAGCCUGUGCUUGAAGGUGUUGGGCUGUGAGUUCAGAGCCAUCAUUCUAUAGCCAUGAGUCAUUCUGGAAGGCAAGCAUUUCAAUGCAUGUCGUUUUACAGGCUUCUGCUAGUUAAAUUACCAUUGUGUCACCAUUCCAGGUCUUUCAGCAGAACCUAAGCUAUGUUGAACUUUCCACAUUAGAGGCUGAUAUAAUUAUUGUCAUUGCGCCAUUUUCAUAACCCACUGCUUAGAUGUGCUGCUUUAUUUAUGUUUCAGGUGCCUAAAGGACAAGAAUUUUGAAAUGAUGGAAAGGGGAGAAAUUGAUGUAAAGGGCAAAGGGAAAAUGCACACUUACUUCCUGGUCCGGAAUACAAUGGCAACUGAGGAUGAGGUCAUGGGAAGACCACCGAGGGAUCCUGUUCCCAGCCAUGAAUCUGCUCAACUGUCUCUCGAGUGCAGCGCUGAAGCAUUCCAAAGCACAUGUCCACAAGGUAGAGGAAGGAGAACAAAUGGACUCCUUUUUAUUUCAUCAUUUUGCUGUUUCUGAUGCUCAGGCCAUGAGUGCCCUUGCUUAUGUGGUCAGCAGGGCAUCACCCAUCAUGCACUUUAUCACAUACACAGCCCAACAAGAUAACAACAAGAAUCCGCCCACAGCACAGGAAUCAAUCUGCAAUCAUAGCAAUCAACACACACGCGCGCGCACACACACACACACACACACACACACACCACACACACACCACUCAAACACAAAAACAAAUCUCACUACAGCCAGCCAAAGACAACCAAUCACACCCUAGGCCACCCCCAACAUCUCUCACUACCAAGGAAAUACAACAAGCAAAUAGUAAGAGAACCCACAUGUGAUGCUGACACAAAACCCCACACAUACACUAAGUAGAAGAAUAGAAGCAUGGCCACCCCACCCCACCCCACUCACCAUUCCUCCCUCCACCUCUUCCCCCCUUUUCUUCCUAAUGUAACGCUAAUGUCUCACAACAAAUGAAACUGAUCUGUAGAAAACGCAGCUUGAAAGAAGAGACAUUGCGGGUAUUUUUGUAAACUAAGAAAUCUUAAUAAAAAUGUAUUUGAGAGAGAGAGAGAGGGAGGGAGGAAGAGAGAGAUCAGCAGGCUUGAGGGAACUCCAAAGUUAACAGAAGCAUAAAAUAUUUUUUUUAUAUAUUGGGAAACAAGGGACUCCAAGGGAAGUGAGCAAGCUAACCAUGGAAAGCUGACUGAAUUUUGAGGGGUGGGGAACAGAAAACCAGGUGGAAGGCAAAACAACAUGGAGUAUUGUGCUGGAGGACAUGGCUGACUUACUGGAAAAGUUAACAGGAGAAGCCAUACUGCAAUAUUUUGAUGCAGGACCCAGCUGUAAAAAAUAAAUGACACGUACCUAUUUCUAUUCCUUUUCAGAUUCAGAUGAGACAUCGCUUCCUAUCAUAGCAAUGAAAUAUGCAGAUAGCCCCAUAGAAGCACACACCAGCGUCAAAGGAAGAAAUGAAUCAAGAGCAAAGGACUUAGCAGGUACAGUGGUACCUCGGGUUACAUACGCUUCAGGUUACAGACGCUUCAGGUUACAGACUCCGCUAACCCAGAAAUAGUACCUCGGGUUAAGAACUUUGCUUCAGGAUGAGAACAGAAAUCGUACAGUGGCGGUGCAGCAGUAGCGGGAGGCCCCAUUAGAGAAAGCGGUGCUUCAGGUUAAGAACAGUUUCAGGUUAAGAAUGGACCUCCAGAAUGAAUUAAGUUCUUAAGUUAUUAAGAAGUCAGGCAGAAGUUAGGGUUUGUGGGAAUGGGGCUAUGAUACACCCCACCUCUGGGGUGGGGCAAUGGUCCUGAGGGGCUCUAUCCUUGGUAACAGUGACCAAGGCCAGCAGCCAAGCUGCCUGCCCAGCCCAGCCCCGCCAAGCCGCCUCCCACCCACCCAAUGGGUCUUCUCACAGGAAGGCAGGGAGGGAAGAGGUGGAGACAGAGAAUGACAACAGAAAGAGUGUAAUCUGGGGCAUGGAGGGGACCCUGCCACCACCUUCACCAUCAAGAGUAGGAUGGGUGGCAGAGGGAAGAGGGCAGCAAUGUGGGGGGCACAGUGUGAUGAUUUGCCUUGCCCCCACCCUCCCAGGGACAGUCCUGCCAGGAUUCCAAUAACUUCAACCUUUGAUGGGAGACACAGCAGUCGUGUUUGCCUUGUUGCCCUGCACUAAGAAAUAACUUGAUGUUGAUAAAUAACUCUAUGAUUCUAUGAUACUGACAUCAUAUGAUGCACCAGUUUGCAUUCACGCUACUGGCUCUCAAAUCACAGCACAUUCAAGUUAGUGGCUGAGUAGAGGCAUAGCAAGGGUAGGCAUUCAUUUGGGAAGAAGGAAAACAGUCCAACCCACAAACUAACCUAUAGCUUCUGGAGAUAUUUCAAGGCAAGCAGCCUGGCUUUUGCUUGUUUUAGCUUUGGGUUUUAUGUACAUUCUCAUGUUACUAGAGAGAUGAAGCUCUGUGUCAGAAAAUGCAUGCAGUAUAAAAUGAUUGAACUAUGGUGCAAAUGUCUUUUCUUUUCUUUUCUUUUGUCAAUAAUACAUGGUCUGGAAAGCCAUAGCAUGUAUUAGACGAAAAAAAUGCUCAUUCAAACUUUAUAUCAGUAUUUCUAUCCAGCAGGUCUUGUGGCCCCUGUGAAAUGGGAGGCUGUUUCAGAGUAGCUUUUUAAGAAAAUCUCUCAAUCUGUUCUAAGCAAAAUCUUUGUCCUAUAGUACUCAAAUAUAUAUUGAUGAGGCAAGAAGACACCUAAAAAGGGUUUAUUCUCCACAGAGUGGAGUGUAGAGGGGUGUUGGGAGAGGAUUCCUUCAACAUAACACUGAGAUAGCCAACACGGUGCCCACUAGAUGUUGUCGCACUACAACUCCCAUCAUGCUGGCUGGGGGUGAUGGGAGUUGGAAUCCAAUAACAUCUGGAGGGCACUGCAUUGGGUAUCCCUGAUGUAGCACAUAGCACUUGGCACUGAAAACAGAGCUUCUCAUCGCGGUUCUCUCCAUUCUCAGGCUUUAAAAUGACCCCAGAUUUUCAAGAUCAUGUUAGACUCAGGCUUGAUGCUGUUAUUAAGACAGGGCCCGCCAUCUUUAAGAGCUCUCAUGGAAGGAACAUGUCUUUACAGGCAAACCUCGUGAUUCAGAGACCAAUGUAAGUCUCCAUGGUGACCAGCAGUCAAGCAAAGAUCCUUAUCAUCUUACACAAGGCAGAAGCAAGCCAGCAGCAGUGGCGCCGCCCAUCAGGAACGUCCGAUCCAAUUUCUGCAAUUUGCUUUAA